AUGCUGGUAUUAGUUUUUAUCUAUCUAUCUAUCUAUCUAUCUAUCUAUCUAUCUAUCUAUCUAUCUAUAUCUAUCUAUCUAUCUAUCUAUCUAUCUCAGUCUGUUCAUUAUCCAUCCAUCUAUCUAUCUAUCCAUCUAUCUAUCCAUCUAUCUAUCUAUCUAUCUCAGUCUGUUCAUUAUCUAUCCAUCCAUCCAUCCAUCCAUCCAUCCAUCUAUCCAUCAUCUAUCUCAGUCUGUUCAUUAUCCAUCCAUCUAUCCAUCUAUCCAUCUAUCUAUCCAUCCAUCUAUCACACACUCUUCUCUAUCCAUCCAUCACACCUCUUAUCCAUCCAUCCAUCCAUCCAUCCAUCUAUCCAUCUAUCUAUCUAUCCAUCCAUCCAUCCAUCUAUCACACACCUUCCUUAUCCAUCUAUCCAUCUAUCUAUCUAUCCAUCUAUCUAUCACACUCUUCUCCAUCUAUCUAUCACACACUCUUAUCUAUCUAUCUAUCUAUCUAUCCAUCUAUCACACACUCUUCCUUAUCUAUCUAUCACACACUCUUAUCUAUCUAUCUAUCUAUCACACACUCUUCUCUAUCUAUCUAUCACACACUCUUAUCUAUCUAUCUAUCUAUCUAUCUAUCUAUCUAUCACACACUCUUCCUUAUCUAUCUAUCUAUCUAUCUAUCUAUCUAUCUAUCUAUCUAUCACACACUCUUCUCUAUCUAUCUAUCACACACUCUUCUCUAUCUAUCUAUCUAUCUAUCUAUCUAUCUAUCUAUCUAUCUAUCUAUCUAUCACACACUCUUCUUUAUCUAUCUAUCUAUCUAUCUAUCUAUCUAUCUAUCUAUCUAUCUAUCUAAUGAUUGUGCAAUGA